AUGAAAGAGGGGAAUGUAGCGUUCGUUAAAAACAAGUGCAGAUUUACAAACUGCUUCGUAACAAAUGAUAGCAGAUACUUAGUGAACGAGUUGGAUUUCGAUGCUAUCGCCUUCAAUGGCAGAGACAUGCAUCUGAAAUUGUCUCAAAUGCCACAACACCGAAAUCCAAGACAAAAAUACAUUUUCGGUGCAAUGGAAUCGGCGGAUAACUUCCCAGUUUGCGACGAACGCUUCGAAGACUUUUUCAACUGGACAUGGACUUACAAACUCGACUCAGACUUUCGUUGGGGAUACAUAACAGUCUACGAUCUGAACGGUACUGUGGUCGGUCCCGCAGUCAACAUGAAGUGGAAGAGUGAAAUGAAACCGAUCAAUGAAGAUUUGAAAGUGAAGUUGUCAAACAAAACAAAGGCUGCGGUGUGGUUCGUGUCGCACUGCAGAACUAAAAGUAGAAGGGAGCACUUCGUUGAAGAAGUUCAGAGAGAAUUAGAACCGUACAAUUGGACGGUUGAUGUGUACGGUCGAUGUGGCACAUUCAAGUGUCCUAAAUCGAAUAGAAAAUUCUGUAACGAUCUCAUUAAAAAUAAUUAUUAUUUUUACUUCUCCCUUGAGAACUCUUUUGCUGAAGAUUACGUGACUGAAAAACUUUUGAACGGAUUGGAAAAUUACGCUGUUCCUAUCGUGUACGGCGCCGCUAACUACUCCAGAUUUCUGCCACCGGGUAGCUACUUAAAUGGCAUGGAGUUGGGAGCGAAGGAGUUGGCUCGACAAAUGAACUUAAUAAUUGAAAACAGAACAUUGUAUCACGACUUCUUCAGAUGGAGAAACUAUUACGUGUACAAAGAGACUUCUAGUAAAGAAGAUAUCUGCAAACUCUGUGAGAUGUUGAAUGAUGAGGAGAAAGUGGCCCAGACGAGUGUUUGGCAUGAUUUUAGAAAGUGGUGGAACGGGGCUCGUUACGAACAAAAUUGUCAUAAAUAA